UCGCCGUUACUCACUUCCUGGUUUCUCCUUUUUCUUUCGCAGCGCGAAUGGGGAAGCUGCGAAAGGAGAGGGGUAACCCUUAGUCUUAUCUCUCAGCAAGGAGCUCCGGGCUGGGUGUUGAAGGGCUGGUUUCUCCGUCUGCUGGCAGGCGAAUGGAACGCUGUGCUGGGCUGAGCGGUGGAAAGUCGAACCAGGAGAAGCGGGCCGCUGGCAGAGCGGGGGCGGCAUCAAAGGCAGCGGCGAGCGUGUUGCCUCAUCUUCAGCCUGGAUCCAAGAAUGGACAUUAAAACCUAUGAUGAUUACUCCAGUUCACCGCUUCAGAGAUAUUGAGAGGAAACCAGAAUAUCUUCAACCGGACAAGUGUGUCCCACCUUCCAGCCACAGUUCCUCAGGAACAAUGUGGUUUAUUCGAGAUGGUUGUGGUAUUGCCUGUGCAGUUAUCACUUGGCUCCUGGUAUUUUAUGCUGACUUUGUAGUCAUCCUCGUAAUGCUGCUUCCAUCAAGAGACUAUAUUUAUAGUGUAAUCAAUGGAAUAGUUUUCAAUACGUUGGCAUUCCUGGCUCUGGCUUCACAUUUGAGAGCAAUGUUAACAGAUCCAGGUGCAGUGCCCAAGGGUAAUGCCACAAAAGAAUUCAUAGAGAGCUUACAGCUGAAGCCAGGACAAGUAGUUUAUAAGUGCCCAAAAUGCUGUAGUAUCAAACCGGACAGAGCACAUCACUGCAGUGUUUGCAAGAGAUGUAUACGGAAAAUGGAUCACCACUGCCCAUGGGUUAAUAACUGUGUAGGAGAGAACAACCAGAAAUACUUUGUACUGUUUACUAUGUAUAUAGCACUAAUUUCUCUGCAUGCUCUAAUCAUGGUUGGAUUUCACUUCCUAUAUUGUUUGGAAGAAGACUGGACAAAGUGCAGUUCUUUUUCUCCACCAACUACUGUGAUUCUUCUGAUCCUCUUGUGUUUUGAGGCUCUCCUUUUCCUCAUUUUCACAUCUGUAAUGUUUGGAACGCAGGUGCAUUCCAUCUGCACUGAUGAAACAGGCAUAGAACGGCUUAAAAAAGAGCAGCCAACCUGGGAAAAAGCCAGCGGCUGGGAAGGGAUGAAACUGGCUUUCGGGGGUAAUUUUUCACUGCGAUGGUUCAGUCCCUUUUCAAACCUGAAUUGCAAGAAGGCUCCACCAGCUGGGACUGCAACAGUUGCUCCAUCGGAGAUGGCUGUGCAAGAAGCCUUUGAACCACUUUAUGAUCCAAUGAUGGUUGUGGAAGUAUUAAGUGAUUAAUAUAAAGUAUCUUUACAAAUGUUUGUUCUUUCAAUAUUUGUGUACUUGACAGUUAGCUUUAAGGUAGCACUGAUGUAUGAAACCAUGGAAUUGUCUUCUAGCUAAGGAUCUCUCUAAGCAAAAAUAAUACAACUAGUUUCCUACACAUUUAAUUGGUGAUGAAUUAAUUAUACUUAAAUAACUGUACUUUAUUACAGAAAAAUUAACCUAUCAUUGUGAGAGGACAGCUUCUAAAAAUGUGCAAUAAGAAUGCUGUUUAGGAGAAAAUUGCCAAAGUUGGUUUAACCAAUUUAGAUAUGAGGAGUAUGUUUUCUCAAGAUUUAAUGACUGGCCAAAAUCUAAGUUCAGGAAUAUAAUUCUGAUCCAUAAAAUUCCUGUUGAAGUUCAAUGUGAUCAUUUUAAGUAGUCUCUUCAGGAGAUAUUUAUGUGCUCUAAAUUACUGUUUGUAACAACAAAUGAUAAUUCUAUUGCAAGGAGAGCUACAAAAUUUAUACAUAAUGACUGCUUUUCAGCUAACUUAUAUUGGUUACAUCAGAAAAGCUUGAGAUGGGGCAAUUAUAAGACCUAGUUAGACAAUUAGAUACAAAAGCUAAAUUGCAUUAUCAAUCUUCCAUUGUUUUGAAAGAGAUCAUUAGAUAGUUUAUUUACAAAUGUCCAAAUGGUCUCAUUUUAGCAGCUGUGUGAUUUGUUCAUGCAAUCCUUAAAACUCUUCAUCUGAAAUACUAUGAAUUAUAAAUAGGGAUUCUCCUCUACUGUACAUAAUUGGAAGCUCAUGCAUGUGUCCCUGAAGUGUGCACUUGUAUAUGAUUGAGAAAGAGAACAUAGAAAUUUUCAGCAGUUAGUUGUCUUACUGCAUGGAUUUGAUUGAUGACAAGGCAAGUCCAUGGGUAAAUUUCUUUACAAAGUAAAAACAGACCAAUUAACUUCAGUAUUUAUUGAUACAAUAUAUUAUAAAUAAAAGUGCCAUGGACUUUUUUGUUGGAGAUAUUUCAAGACUGAUUUCAGCUCUAGGAACAACAGUGCUGCAAAACGUUUGUGAUUUGGCAGUGAGGAUUAUCUCUGGGAAGGGAGACCAAUGAAUCACAAUAUAAGAGAAGAUUCUAUUACAGUUAGAAAUAAUGAAUGCAAAUCCCUAAGGGGCUCAAUAUUUUAUUUCAAUAUUUGGUGCUCUUUUAUAAUCUAUAUUCUUUUAUAAUCUAACACAGAAACCUGCCUUAUGCUACUUCUCACUUGAGAUAGCAUUUAGUUGAGAGAAAUGUGGUCAUAGAUUUUCUGUAUUUGUACAUUUGUACAUUUCUAUAUGUCCCAAACUGUUUUUCCAACUGGACUAUGUUAAGUUUUUUCUUGAAAACCUUUUGCUUCCCAUCCAAUAAGCUUUUUAGUUCUGACUGAAUGAUGGGGGAUGAAAGGAUUUAUAUUCUUUGUUGUUAUCUGGUCAUUUCUUUCCUUCUGCACCAUUCAGUCAGAAUUGAAGAAGCAUCUUGAAUGAGAAGCGAAACAUUUUCAAGGAAAAAUAAUCAAGAAAGUCCAGUUUUCUAAAAGUUGCCUUUUAGAAAAGCAUCUUUGGGGAAAAUAAUGAUGAUUGAGAAUCUGGAUGAUUGAGAAUCUCCACAGACAUACAUUUCUACAUGUUAGUUAUACUCUGUUUAUUUUCAAGCUCUUUGUAUCUCAUAGAAAAAAAGGAAGGAAAUGGCAUUAAAAAGUGAGGAACGAUACUUACUGAGGUUUUACUGGAAUAAUUUUAAAGGACUCUUCUACAUUAAAUAAGUGCCUUAUUUGGAUCCAGUCUGUUUCAUAAUGCUUUUAUGUUAUCAGCUGUGAUCAAAUGUUUUCUACCAUAUUAAAAUUUAUCUGCUAUUAACCAAAUAAUUUUGUUUGAUGACCUUCCUUAAAUGAAUGUUGGCAUUAUGUCGUCUGGCACUUUGCUGUGCAAAACAGAGCUUUGGGGGGCGGGGGCACCCCUCCGGAGCUCCAUUUUGGUGGGUUCAGGCCUUAUCCCACACUUUGCAGCCUGAAAUGGAGCUUUGGAGGGGCAGGCACACCCCUCCAAAGCUCUGUUUUGGCAUGCACAGACCUCAUCUGGCAUUAAAUAUAUAUGUAUUUGCACAAGCAGAAACUUUAGGUUCUGAUAAUAUAGAAGGAACAAGUGCUCUUUUGUUUUUCAUCUCACCCCUUAGCCAUGACAUUAUGCAACCAGUUAGUCUUUUAUGUUCAAAGCAACUGUGUGUUUUAACAAGACAUGCAGUUGUUCUGGAUGCUAAGAAAGCCAAAAGGUGCUAUAAUUCAAAUAAUUUGACUAUUAACAGUGGGCUGGGAAUUAGCAUGUGGGAAAAUAAAUAUUUUGUAUGUUCAUGAACAGUUGUAGGGCUGCACACUGGCCAAUCCUAUACAAUUAAAGAAUGUAAGCAUUUACAAAUGUUUGUGUUCUAUUGUUUGCUCUUUUGUAUCUUAUUUUCUGUAUUCCAGAUUAAUGGUACUUAUUAAAGGAUUGUCUUUUUCAUCUCAUAUUUGUCUGCUCAUGUUUAGUGCUUGCAGUCCCUUUAAAAUGAUUGUUCUGUAAGGAUAUUUUAGAACUCAAUUACUAUCUAAACUGUUUUCUCCCUUCAUAUAAUUUUAUGCAGUCAAAGUCCUUGCAGUGACUGGAGGUCAAAUGAGUUUAAAAAUCCAUCAUAUUUAAGCUUUUACUUCUUUCACAUGGACUAUCCACACAUCUGGCUUCUGAUUGGCUGUUGGAACAGAGAAACCCAGAUGCUACAUUAUGUCAUGCCGUCUGUCUGUCUGUCUGUCUAUCUAUCCAUCUAUCUCUAUCAUCUAUCAUCUUAUUUGGGUUUUACUUGACUUCCACUUCCCUCUUAGAGAAGCAUAUUUGGUUACAUAUGUCUGACAAUUCCUGAUAAGGAAAACAGGGUCUCUGUUACUGAAAGCAUAAUACGCAGCACAAUCUGGGUUUUUUUUAAAUAAUGCUUUAUUGAAUUUUUCCCAUUUAUACAUAAUACCAAUAGUUAUUAAACAGCGCUGUGACAUUAUACAUUUAU